AUGAAACAUCAAAAUGGUCCUAGAGAAAAAGUGAACACUAAGACUGAGAAACAGAAUGAACGAACAGUUCUUCCAGAUGCACGUCUCCGCCUGCUUAAGGAUCAACUUAUGCAGGGAAGGAUUUAUCUUUCCCUCCCAGCAACUAGAAAUAAUGCUCAGUUUAUUAAGGAGAUGCGGUUGCGCAUCAAGGAAGUUCGACGCGCAAUUGGGGAUUCCACCAACUAUUCCGAGCUGCCGAAGAAGUUAUCUCUGCGAGCUAAGGUCGGAGUCAGGAAAAAUCAAGUGUUAAGAAGUUUUAAGCGAACGAGGUUGAGCGUGGAUGGGGGACGGAGGAUGUUGAGCAUUUGACAAAGACAGUAUUCAAUAAAUAUUCCGGUUGCUAUUAUGUCUUCAUACAUAGUGGUAGCUAACCCUCGACUGCUUCCGCUACGUCAAGUUUUUUUUUUUAAAUCUUAUGUUCUCUGUAUUCUGUUGGACUAGUUUCCUAUGAACUUUGUGCUUCGUGAUUUCAGACUAUAUUUUGGUAAUAAAGUUGCA